CUCUCGAUUCACUAUAUGCUGCUUCAACUGAGUGACCCACCACUCCCACUCCCACCCCCAAUCUUCUUCUCAUUGUUCUCCUUCCCUCCGUUCGCCGCCUCUUGGAUUUUUCGUUCCAAUUGGAGAUUUGAGUUUUAAUUUUGGUUUGCAUCUCUCUUCCCUUCAGGGGGAUUUGUUUGGUUAGGGGAUUUGUACUUGUGUAGUAAUGGGCUCCAUUGCCGACAGUAAAUGGGACGACGAAGACGGCGAGUAUUCCAUAAUCAGCUAUAAAGGCGAAAUUGGGUUCAUCGAUUAUCAGGAAGACAAAUCUGUUUGCAAUAAUGACCCAACAGGGGAUGGUCUCGUUGCGAUCUCCUUCCUGUUCCGCAUGCAAUACGUGAAAUCGCAGUCGGUUUCUGUGGGAGAAAAAGUCGCCGCUCCCAUCACCAUUAGGAACUCCACCGACGAAGUCGUCGAGCUAUGGGCCAAAAUCUACGCCUCUACUACUGUGGAUUCCUUCCAGCUCUCUGUGAUGAAGCCGCCUCCCUCCACCAGAAAUGCUGUUGCUAACGCCGCCGACGGGUGGGUUGGGUGGGCGAGUUGGAGUUGGGUGGGCUGGUUCAGUUGGUCUGACGUGUCCAUUAUUUUUUAUUUUUUGGGGUGACGUGUCAAGCUGACUGGACUUAAUUGAUGAUUUUUCGGAUGGAAUUGGAUGGAAUGACCAUUUUGGUAUUCAUUCAAAGGUGUUUUACUGAAACGUGCAAAAAUGAAGUUUAGUGACCGUUUUAUACUAAGUGACAAGUUGUGUGAUCUUUAUGAUAACUACUCGAGUUUCUAUAUAUAUGAAACAGGGAUUAGAGAAUAAGAACUGAAGAGAAAUUAAAUAAAAAUAAAGAGAAUUAGGGAUGGAGAAGGAGAAUUGAGAAACAAAUAGGGAAAGAACAAGAAUUGGGAUUAGGGAAUAAAAGAGGAAAUUGAAG